AUGAAUUCUAAAAUUUGUAUUCUUGUGAUUAGCUCUUGGUUUGUCAUUAUUAAAAAAUUGUUUCAAAGUCAAAGCCAGUCACCUUUAAAAUUACAGGAGGGUUUUGGUCUAGGUAACCACGCUGAGAUAUGGUUUGAGAUUCUCCCUAGACUUGUCAUCAUGGGCAAAUGCCUGCUUGUUCCCAGAGAGGUCACUGUGCAUAUCCACAACUUCACUAACAGAAGCAAGGAAAAAAGGGUUGCCCAUUUUCCGUAUCUGUGGAAUUUGAAAGAAAGAGAUAGGCCUGUCUCUGGAGUUAAUCUUCACUAUGUGUUAAAGGGUUUGGAGAACACUGAUUAA